CCCCUCCUUUUUUUCUUUUUGGUUUUGUUCUUGGAUUGGAUUUCCUCGCCUCCGCCGCCGUCUUCCUCCUCUUCGAAUCGGGGGCGGCCCCCGCCCUGCGCCUGCGCCUGGAUCCGCCCGGGAGCGAUGGCGCGGCGGCUCCGGUUGGGCGCGCUCGCGCUCGCGCUCCUCUUCGUGUCAGCGGCCUUGCUCCCGGCCGUCAGCGCCGACGCUGGCUACGCGCGCUGCGAGGGGGUUGUCAGGGGCUGGGCGGGCUCGGUCGCGGAGAGCGAGGACAAGGAUGGGGACAAGUUGAGCCUCAAGGAUCUGCUCUUCUUCCUUCACAUUCCCAGAACCGGUGGCCGCACCUACUUCCACUGCUUCCUGAAAAAGCUAUAUACCAAUGCUGAGGAAUGCCCGCGAUCCUAUGAUAAGCUGCGGUUCGACCCGAGCCAUCCUGAUUGUAAGCUGGUUGUUAGUCAUGAUGACUAUAGCUUCAUGUCCAAGCUGCCAAGUGAGAGGACUUCUGUAGUGACAAUACUAAGGAACCCAGUUGAUCGAGUAUUCAGCACAUACGAGUUCUCAGUUGAAGUCGCAGCCAGAUUUCUUGUGCAUCCGAACUUAACAUCUGCAAAGUUAAUGACUACCCGUGUGUUAUCAAAAUCUCGUGCUGUAAGUACAUUGGACAUAUGGCCUUGGAAAUACUUGGUCCCAUGGAUGAGAGAAGAUCUGUUUGCCCGGAGAGAUGCUAGGGGGAUUGAUAAUGUGAGAAGUGCCCAUAGGGUUAAUGCAUAUGAUGUGGAGGAUAUGGUUAUGCCAUUACACCAGUACAUUAAUGAUCCUGUUGCGCAUGAAAUCAUUCAUAAUGGAGCUACCUUUCAGAUUACUGGGCUAACAAACAAUUCUUACUUCAGUGGAGCACAUGAGGUUCGGCACUGUGUCAGAAAGCACCCUGAUCUUGGUCAUUUUGUGCUUCAAGUCGCUAAGAGCAGGCUGGACCGUAUGCUAUACGUAGGACUUACAGAGGAUCAUGAAGAAUCUGCGAGAUUGUUUGCUCAUAUGGUAGGAGCUCAGGUGCUUUCACAAUCUGGAGCACUGAAUUUAGAUAUAAAAGAAGACCAACCCAGUGAAAAUGACUCUCGCUCAUCCACACUGGACCCAGAGGAGGAAGAGACAAAUGAACAUCUGAAUAGGACCCAUGGCUUGCAAAAUAACAGAGCUCUGAAAACCGCAGACACUGGGAAGGAUGAUCAUGGAAAAGGAAACAUGACUGUUGGUAAAUUGAUGGAAGCUUACGAGGGAUGCAUUUCAAAACUGCGAAAAUCUCAAUCUAACCGUCGUAAAAUCUCUCUGAAAAAGGUGGAAGAAGCAAACUUUUCGAAGGAGGCACGACAACAGGUACCAGGGGCACUUUUGGAGCAAAUCAUGUCACUAAACAGCCUUGACAUGGAACUGUAUGAGCAUGCUAAGAAGAUAUUUACACAAGAACAUCUUAUGCUAAAAGCUCAGCAUUCCAUGGUUGCACAACACAAGCAAUUACCAGCUAAGAAGGGCUGGGUAGCAACGGUCUGCAGCUACUGGAGUUGCUCUCCUUGGAAGGUCGUACUCUUUGGUCUUGGGGUCACCAUAGCCAUUGUUCUUAUCACAUUUGCUUUAACAACGAGGAGAAGAACGUUUAAACUUAAGGUUUGAUGAUGAUCAGGAAGCGGCCUCCCGAUUUUGAUGUACAGCCUGAGAUGUUGCCCAAAGAUUAACCUUUUCCUUGGGGCAAAUAUGUUGCAUGCGCAAAACCAUCACAUAUACUUGCAACCAUGUUAAACAUAUCUCAUUGCUAGGGUGGCUUUUACCCAAUGUGAUCAGUCAAUCCACAAAUUUUAGGCCAUUUUCUGUUCGUAUGUAUAUUUGCCUUCUGACCUAGGUUGAGUCCUCUCAAGGUGUUAGUAGUUGACAAUUGCCACAAAUGAGCAAUGAAACAUGUGGUCGUUUUGGUUGAGAAAAAGAGAGAAGAUAUACAA